AUGGCAGUAAACUGAGAACCCUGUGUACUUAUGAAAUUACAAAUGCAAGUCACUGAGUUUGUGAAUCACUAGACAAAAAAUAUUCAGUAACAUUAUGAACUCAGUGUUACAAGCAGCUAGUAGUAGUCAGGGAGUUCAGGGGUCAAAACAAAAGAAACACUGCACAGAGGUUAUCAGCUCUGUCUAAAUAGACUUUGAGCCAUGGUAAUCAGCCUACAUAUGCUGACCCACAAGUACUAUGCAGCUAUGUACUGUACAGUAACCUCAUCCCCUUACAUAAGCCAAGAUAAAUAAACGUAACCCCUGUUAGAUAUACUCAAUAACAGCCGUAACAUUAGUCCCUUAGUUGAUUUUCACUGCCUACCCCAAAAAGAGUCAGAAUUUAAAACGAAUGUCAGUUUAAGGAUUAGAGAGUAUUAUUAUUUUACUUUUUCUUGCAAGAACAUACCAACAUGUAUUUCUUAGAGAGGCUGGGUUUGCUCAUGAAAAAAUAGUUACCCUCCCUUUCCUUAAGUUUUGACAAUUUUUGGUGAAUUUUGAACAAAAGUGCUCAGUCAUGUCCUGUUUAUUGCAUGCAGAAACAUACGCUGUACAACUCUGGAUUGUAUCUUUAACACAUGCUUUGCUGUGUCAUGCCGGGGCCAUUGGACCAUGACUGUUCAUUUUUACCUCUUACACAACACUUAACCUCUGUCCAAUUUUCACACUUAUUUCAGUGUUGUGCGUGCAGUACAUGUUGCUUAAGUUGAACGGGGUGAGCUCUAUUCAGCUCUCAUUUACACAUAGGCGGACAACAGCAACAGCUACGGGAACACAUGAAAAAAAAGAGCAUAAUGGCACUCCUUCUGUGGCUUGGCCUGUCGCUGCUGACCUCAGUCCAGUCCAACGCUGUCAAGAACUGCCACCAUGGUUGUCGCUGUGAGGUGGAAAGCUUUGGCCUGUUUGACAGCUUCAGCCUGACCAGGGUGGACUGCCGAGGGUUGGGACCCGCCACUACCAUGCCCAUCCCAAUCCCACUGGACACCGCCCACUUAGACCUGUCCUCCAACGCCAUGGGCCCGCUCAGUGACACCAUGUUAGCUGGUCCGGGCUACACCACGCUCGUAAGCUUGGACCUCAGCAGCAACCUUAUAACAAAGAUAACACCCAAUGCUUUGUCCAAGCUGCGUUACCUGGAGUCUCUGGAUCUGAGCCACAACAACCUGGAGAGCCUCUCCCCGAGCUGCUUCUCCAGCCUCCCUCUGGCUGAAGUUGACCUCAGUCACAACAGCUUCCAAGAGUUCGACAUGGAUGUGUUCACCCCUAAAAUUAAUGGUCAACCUGUCAGCGUGGAUCUGUCUCAUAACAAGCUUGUGUCAGUCUCCACGACUUUGCACGGCGGAGUGUUACACAUUCAAAGCUUAAAUCUGUCAGCAAACCGGCUGUUGAGCAUACCGAGGCUGGCAGGACUUCCUCUGAGGUACCUCAAUCUGGAUGGUAACCCCAUCACACAGAUCAAGGAGGGAGCUUUUGCUCAGCUGAAAGAUCUGGGUUAUUUAUCCAUCGGUGGCCUCCAUGAGCUUCAGGAGAUCGAGCCAAACAGCUUUAAGGGCCUCCAGAACCUGCAAGUUCUGGAUCUCUCAAACAACCCCAAGCUCAAGACUCUGGGCCCUGUGGUUUUCAGUGGACUAGACUCCCUGCAAGAGCUGAAUUUGUCUGGCUCUGGUGUUGCGUCCUUGCCAAAUAACAUGCUGACCCACCUGCCCAGUAUUAAGAGUAUUACACUGGGACAAAGCAUCAACUGCUGGAGGACCCAGAAACAGGGUCAGUUUCACCGGCAGCUGGGUCAAGUCCAACACAACGAGGUGCUGAACUGUAAUGUGGAGGGCAUAGUGCUGUGAAACAGUGACUGUAGAAAUGGACCACUCCUUAAGGAGCCAGUGUACUCCAUCAGAAGUGCUUGUCGGAUGGUUGAAUGGCUUCCGAAAUCCCCUCUCCCCACACCUUUUCUACGUUGAAUAUCCCUAUUAACACUUUCGAUUUCCAGCAUGGCCAAAUAACCAUCGCACAACCAAGUUCUGAUAGACCAUACCCUGGCCCUUACAAUCCUGAUGCCAGAGCUGUGCCUUAUCUGCUUUGAUAAUGCAUAACUCUUUUUCUUUUUGUCUUCCUUUCACCCAAUUACCUCUGUUCCCAGGUGAGCCUUUGGAAUAUGUCUUAAAUGUUUAAAGUGUCCUUCAUAUGCUCUGAGCACAGAAAUAUCAUAAAUGCUGUACCUUUUAGAAAAACUAUGACAAAAUGUACAGCAUUCUACAUAGUACAUAUACAUUUAUUUUACAUCUUAACAUGAAGCGGCAACAGGUAGAGAACCAUUACUGAAUCAAACCAAAACUUUAAGUAAUAUUCAUACGUUAUGUACUUCAUUCACAGUGGGACCAUAGUAAGAGCUAUUUGCAUUUAUUCCAGUUGCAAUGUUUCUUUUUUUUAAAUAAUGCACUUGAAACAUGGCCUAAAUUUCAUCCAGUACAAUACACCUUAUAUUGCUCAUAAUAUCCACACUGAAGAAUAUUUUACCACUGUUGACCACUAAGAUGUUUUAUUAGACUUUGAAUGUGAUACUUUAUUGAAACUAUUAAAGUGAUAGUUAGACAUUUUGGUAAUGUACUUAUUCGUUUUCUAACUGAGAGUUAGAGAAGAAGAUGCUCAUGUUUGUUUGUUAAAUGUGAAGCUACAGCCAGCAGCUGGUUAUAUGAUAUAUGAUAUGAUAUGAUAUACUUUAUUGUCCCUAAAGGGAAAUUUGGUUAGCUUAGCUUAGCUUAAAUUUGGUUAGCUUAGCUAAGCUCAGCACAAAGACUGGAAACAGGGAAACAGCUAGCCUGGCUCUGUCCAAACCUCUAAUUAACUUGUAUCUGGUUUGUUUAAUUCAUAAUAAAUAAAAAAACAAAUGUAUGUAUAAUAUGUGUGUAAAAACAAUGGUUGUGGUUGUAUGGGAGGACAGCUUCCUGGAGUCUUGUCAUUGUGCCCAUAUAACCACAACCAGUGGUUUUUAUGCAUCCCCCCCCUGUUUCCAGUCUUAAUGCUAAACUAAGUUACAGGCUGUAGCUUUACCAUACAGACAUGUUGUUAUAUGUCUCCCAAACCUGAAUUCUUUUAUUCAGCAGGGUCUUGGUGGGAAACUUACAGUAACCAGUAACGUGUGUAACUGUUGAGGACAAAGAUCUCUUGUAACACCCACAAAAUGACCAUUUAAUUACUUGAGUUGUUGUUUCAAUGACCACCAGCCAUUAUGUUUGGGCAAUGUACCUUCAAAAUGACACAAGUUUGGUGUACAGCUUUUGCAAAUGAGGUCAAUGCACCCUUUGACAUGGUGCUCAAUGAUCUGUGAGUUUUUGAGAUUACCAAACAAGUAAACAAGCCGUGACCAUGUUGACCGGGGGUUUAUUUUGACCUGCUGUUAAAUCAAUGUCCAGGUGAACAAGACACUAAAACAUGACAUCUUUCAUAUACAAGGCAAUGAAGUCACCUUGCCAUUCCUGUGGUAUUUCUGUGGACCUAAGAGGAUGAUCAGCCUCAAGACUGCACAUUAGGGUUUUUGAAUGUUUUCUGCCAGCCAAUCAGAAAUUACCUACUCCAAUUCUCCAUUUGGCUGAAAUUGUGAUCCCACACAGUCAGUUUAAGCAAUUGUGCAGUAGAGUUGUGUCGAUUUCAGAUCCAGUGUAUCAGGCUAAAUCGGUUGAACUGGCAUUUGUUACUAUGAAGGCUUUGGGCCUUUUUAGUGUUUUGGUUUUGAGAAUUUUAAGUUGGUUCACUUAAAUUCAGAUGAGCCCAGUCUUGGUGUAGAAGUUUAUAUUUUUAUGUAUGUAUGUAACUAAAUUGUAUAUAACUUUAUAUAAACCAUAUGGGUAAUUAAUUUACUCCUCUCACACUCGUUUGAUGACUGCUGUUUGUCCUGUGUGACGUAAAAACGGCCAAAACAAUUCUUAGGUGUGUCAGCGAAGGAGCACAAACACAUGCGAGUAUUUACAGUAUUAGUGUUGACACAGUAUUUAACAUGUUGUGAGAGAUGCUGUUUUUCAAAGCAGUGUGUGAUUUGUCUCUAUGCAGGGGACUGACUCAUAGAAGGGUGUGUCGCUCAGUACAAGAUCACUUUUUACAGCUCAGCAACAUGUUGUGUAUAAAACGUUCUUGCUUUAUUUACUUAAAAGUGUCUGGAUACACAGACCCAGACACACACUUGUGGUCUUGAAUGGUCCUUAAAAAACACUAAAGUGGGCAGACAUGCCAGGGAGAACACAUUAUUCCCUUCUUUCUGUGACACAUCUUUUACACUCAAAGAACCAGAAACAGACAAAUUAAGGCUGACUAAGCCAAGGGGUUUUCACAGAUUGCACCACAGCUGUGCUGUACAUGUUACAUCCUGAACAUUGAGCUUAAGAAUAUAGAGGAUCUUUAGUAGCCAAAAUCUAUCCAGUUGUCUUGCACUUGAGUCUAUUUAUGCUUAUGUGUGUUUUGAAUGCAAGUUCGUUGGAGGCUGCCUGAAAGCCUUUAACAGACUGACCCAAUUGCAGAAAACAUUUCCACGUGUUUGUGCGUUGUUGUCCAUCCCCUGAAGCGCUGGCAUGACACCCAAGGAACCAGCUAUCCAUCAAAAACUGCCCCAGCAACAUUCAGUAGCGCUGAAAUAAAGGCUCACUAGACAAACUGCAAUAAAAUCGCAAAGACAUUCAGGGAAUGCAACAGCACAACAAAUCGGGUUACAGAUCAAAAGUGGGGGAUUUCUUUCCCGCUUUGGUCCAACAAUUGUAGCUUUUCAUGUCUGAACAUAGAGUCCGGUUUUGAAUUAUGAAAUUUCAGUGGACGAGAACUCAAUCGGAAAGCUACACUGAAUCAGACCAGCUCACGUCUGUUUACUUCCAUGUCUACUUAGUUUGCUCCUAACAAUGUCUCUGUCUAGUCUGGGACAUGCAAAGAUUUGUUGGAAAAGCAGUGCAAAUGUGUUCACAUACAAACGGCACAAUAUAUUACAGGCUAGCUAGGUGACAACAUGAUGUGUCUACUGCUCUGUUUGGAGAAAACACCACAAUCUUUUCAGCUAGUGGAGAUGAACAAGUUUCUCUCAGAGCUGGAAUCAAUAGAGUUCUUGACAGUAAUGUUGACAUUUUUUGUCAGACACUGAACACCCCUGCAAUGACAUGCAGUUGUAAUGUGCUCGUCUAACUGUUGACCGUUACUCUGGCAGGACGUUCAUUUCUCAUGAAAGAAAACAGACGUGUUCAAAUACACCCACAGAGCAAUGACUGUGUAGGAACUAUGUGUUUGAUCUCCUCAUGACAUUUUGUGGUUUGAAGUAAUGUCAUCACAUAAAUACAGUACAGUCAUAGGAAGAGGGGCAGUAAUCAGGAGAACAAGAGACCCUUUUCAGGUGGAUAAAGUUGACACUGAGUCAGUAGAGGCCUUGAGUUAGGGAGCCAUGUUUUCAGUCAUCUGAAAUCUGAAAAAAAACAGUAUUUGCACAUGUGGUGUAAUCGCUACCAAACAAACAGCAGCUCACAUUUGUGCAAGUUUGAACAAGAUUAAACAAGAUUUGAUUCGUGCCUCAGCUUUUACUGAAUAAAAAGUGACAUUAGCUA